AUGUCUGACCUGGGUCAGCUGUUCACCAUCCAGCCCCAGAAGGGGAAUCUGGGUCCCAAUGACCGCCCUACACAGGUCCAGAUUGUCUUUCAUUCAAAGAAGGAAGUGAAAAUUGAGGACAAGCCUGUUCUGCAGUGCCAUGUGAUUGAGCCUUCCCUCUGUGAGGGGGGGGAGACCAUCGCCACCAUCCCCAUCCGAUUGUCAGUACUGUCCUUAUUCAGCAAGUACAAUAUUGUCCCUCCAUCCAUCAUUAACUUUGGGCCGUUGAUGAACAGCACCCGGAAGACUGGCAACUUCACCAUCGAGAACAAAGGGGUCCUGGACUUUAAGUUCACCAUUUGCAAGCAAGUCCGUGACUUUGUGAUUACAGCAAAGAAAGGAAACUCUAACAUCAAAAGUUCCCGUUCCCGUGAGACAGACCUCAGCCGGCAGAAUGCUUUUAUGAGCACAGGCAGGCAAAGCAAGCAUGCAGAUUCUUUGCAGAAGGACAUGAACCUGAUAGGGCAGCAGCCUCUCAAGCCAUUAAUUGUGCAUUCUCAUUUCAAAUGUCCAAGCUCUCCUGCCACCUUCUUUCUUCUCUUGCUAAUGACCAAGUGUAUGCCUAAUCUGAAGCUAGAUGAGAAGGGCCCUGUUAUUGCUGUGAAAGGGAAGAGUCUCCUGCCAUAUUGCCACUUUGAGCUGGAAGACUCUGAUUACAUCACUGCAAACAGGCGCAAUUCGGACUUGCGAGGACCAGGAGGGAUUAGUCUGGACCCCCAAACAAAAGUGAUUGAAUUCACCUCUGUGGGAGUCCAUGUCAAGAACAGCAGUUUGUGCCUCAUCUUCUUCCUGCUUGUGUUGGAGUGGCUGCCAAACAAGCGACUCCUGCCUGCAGCUCUGAUGAUGAGCACCAAGCCUUCUGGGCUGCUUCUGACCCUUCUGCUUUUGGGGCAGGUGAUAGAGACUGAUCCAGAACCUACUCAUAUGACUGUGGAGGAGGGUAGCCAGGAACUGGUGCUUCGAGUGAGUGCCAACGUCGACUUUGCCCAAUAUAAAAUGGAUGCAGAUGCUGUGCACUUCAGAGACACGUUGCUCUUCCAAACACGGGUGUUCACGGUGGAGCUGUCCAACACAGGCAAUGUGCAACUGGAGUAUUCCUGGAAAGUAGUCAUGGAAGAAGGUGGGAAGGCUGUUAACUUUGCUACCGAACCUUUGUCAACAAGCCCAGAAGGGGACCCAUCUAGAGCAUCAACUGCUUCCAUCAAGGCCCAGUCUAGCCGGCCCUUCAGUCAGCUGGCUAGCCUCCUGGAGAGUUUAUCUUCCUACAUCUUCCCAGUGGUCACCCGCCCUCCAUUCUCCAUGGAGCCCAGCAGUGGGAAGAUCCCUCCUGGGAAAUCUCAGUCCCUCCAAGUGAAAUUCUCUCCCCAGGAAAUAGGAGAGUUUGAGGGUCGUCUACUCUGCAGGUAAGAAACCAUCUCAUCCAGCCAUGUUUUAUAGCAAAAUGGAUUAAAUCUUGGCCAAGAAGGUACAGCUUUACCACCACAAUUCUGUCCUUCUGCCCUGGCUAUUAUUACUGCCAUGUUGAGCCCCCACCUCCCCUGAAUGUAUUGGCGAGAGAGGACAUGAAGAGCAAAAGGUGGCAUCUCACCUUAGAAAAUGGAUUCCCAUUAUUUAAACCAAACUUGUCUGGAAAACAUUUGGAGCAUUAUAUGAAACAGACAGAAUUCUUUACCCUUUUGUUGCUGGAGCGAAUGUGGAGUGACCAGAUUAUUCAGAGCAGGUCUACAAGUUAGCAUGUUUUAUGCCAACAUUUUGAACGUUAGACGUUGGUUGGGCUUCAUGACUGACAAGAGUCAAAUAGAUCCUAAGCCUUAAGGUUGCUGUGGGGAUGAAAAAUUCAACUCAGAAAUGAUAAGGGUUCUCCAAGGAGGUUGAAAUAUGGCAGAGUGAAUUGGAGGAAUUUUUAGCCAGGUUGCUCUGGAUGGCCUUACUCAACUCAGCAUUUCCCAAAACUGGCUGCAAUUUUGGGGGGAAAAACCCAGUUGCAUCAUCACAUGCUUGGCUUUGUUCCUCUGUAGAGAAACAUUCCAGAACAUUACAUCGCUCCAUGUUUUGGUGAGAAGUCCUCAUUAUAAUGACUUUCCACGGUUCCCUUUUGAUUUUAUCAGAACUCUCUCCAAGCUUUAUUUUUUAACUUCACUGUCUGUGUUAUCUUUCUCAUACCCAUCCUUGGUCUGUGUUUUCUUUUGGUUACAAUGUGUCAGGACCUCUCCAUUAGAUAAUUAGGAAAGAAGACCACGAGACUCCAUGUGUAGAAAUCAAGUGUACUUUUACUAAUUAUAAAUGAUUAAAGGCAUAGCGUAGCGAAGUCUGAAUAUUUAGGCGCGAAAACGAUUGAUAUAUAGAAUAGCCCAUUCCCCACCCCUUGGCAUCAUAGUUACAGUCCAAUCAUAAUUCUCUCAAGUGU